AGAGAGAGUCAUUAGCUGUGGUUGCACGUUGCACUCUGCAGCACUUGCACGCCUUUUACGCUGCGCUCACCUCUCCGCGUAGUAAAGCCCCUCCACGCCGUCACGCAGUCUGCCGGUGGUCUUGGGGAACGUCGCUGACUCUCCAACGGACACGGUUUCGAACACCACCCCCUUCUGUCCUCUUAACCCUCCACCUCAUCCUCUUCCUCUGGCUGUUGUUGCGCUUCUGCUGCAGCGUCCAAGUUCAGGUGAGCUUCGUCGCCGGCACAACAAGUCCUUUCUCCGGUACCGACCGGGAUGCUUGCUCCAUCCCGUUAAAUGGGAUGUUAUAAAUGGGCCCCGCAGGAUGUGAAGCCUCGCUAGAAGAAGCAGGAGGAUGGCUAAACCAAGCUUGUCUGCGGCGGUGCUGCUGCUGCUCCUGCUGGGCUUCCUGUCGGUGUCCUCCGUCAAUGCCGACACCCUGCUGUCAGCUCCGCUCAAUGUGACCAUCAGAGAGAUUGAGGUCAACUCCGCCGUGGUCACGUGGGAAAUCUUGGAGGGGGACCCCGUCAUUGGAUUUGCCAUCACCCAACAGAAGAAGGAUGUGCGCAUGCUGAGGUUCAUCCAGGAGGUGAACACCACCACGCGCUCCUGUGCACUGUGGGAUCUGGAUGAGGACACGGAGUACAUCGUUCACGUUCAGAGCAUCAGCAUGGGGGGCAGCAGCCCCCCCAGUGAGCCGGUCCUCUUCAGAACGCCCAAAGAAUCAGAGAAGAUGGCGUCCAAGAGCCCAGAUGAGGUGACAAUGGAGGAGGUGGGCCAGGCUGCCCAGCUGAGGGCCGGAGAACUCAUCAUCAUUGUAGUGGUGCUCAUCAUGUGGGCAGGGGUGAUCGCCCUGUUUUGUCGUCAGUAUGACAUCAUCAAAGACAAUGAGCCCAACAACAACAAGGACAAAGCCAAGAACUCCUCAGAAUGCAGUACUCCGGAGCACCCACAGGGGGGGCUACUGCGCAGCAACGUCUAAGACCAGCCCUGCUUAGCCUUGUGCAAUAACCUACUCCUUGAACCUCAGGACAGACCCUGAGACCAACAGAAAGCCAUUCUCAGACACCAUUGUACUGAGGAACCGAUAAACCAUUACAGAAACUCUUCUCUACAUGAUGAACUGUUCAAAAGUAAUGGACAUACAUCUGAAUUUGCCAAAAGGCAGAAAACAGGACACAGAAGAGGACUAAACUACAUUCACUUUUGUUGUAACCAAAACUGGACUGCAGUGCACAGCCACUAUAGAGACAAGAUGUAAAAUGGCUGUCUAUCAACACACCAGGGGUGACAGCAUUUCUUCUUGACCGCUUGAUGCAUAAGUUCUGGUUAGUCUUUAUCAGAGGCACACUGAAUUCCAGGAGUAGAUCAUCCAACAUGAAUGUCUGAAUGGUUUUCUCAACUUCAGGUUUGCACUGCUGGUCAGAGAUGGUGGAUAUGUUGGUUGGCUCACAAGAAUAGCUGCUCCUUCGAGUCCAGGCACACGACUAAACAAGCUAAGCUCUGUUUUAAACCAAGGACUUACUAGUUUUUCUCCAUAAGCAUUCACUCCGCUCCGUCUUUACAGCCCUUUGUGUAGCAGCUCAUGCCUCUCCCCGUCUUUCUGUGUCGAUGUCCCUCUAAUAACAUUGCCGUUUGGUGCUCCUCCUGUUGUGAUUGUUUGAGGCCUCACAAUCCUAAUCUUAAGUAGGUUAUCAUUUUGUUUUUGGGUCAGAAAUAUAGCACAGAGCCUUGUCUCCUGACUUUUUCCCCUCUCUCUGUCAUCAGUUAAAUGAUGCAGCUGUUUCUCUCUCCUCUCUGAACUGGAAACAUAACAGCCUUGUCAGUUCAGGGAUAAAAUUUGACACAUUUUUUACAGUACCUCAUAUUUUCUUUAUAUGAGUUGGAUGGUGCUGAAUCACAGCUGAAUGCAGCCAUGAUUCAGACAAAGUUCAAGGAUUGAUCGACCAGGCAGUCUCUCAUCAGAACAGUGUCUCACUCUUAAAUUUUACAGCUUUGAAAUGCAGAAGUUAACUUCAGAGUCGAACUUUUAAAAGACUGGCAUGGCUGUAAAAUGACUGAUUUGGGUUCAGAUUGAGGUUUACUGUUCAUCACUGCAUAUUCAUCACCAUAUGCUGCCUGUGGUCUGUAACGGGAUGUGCAGGGAAUAAGAAUGGAGAUAUCCAGGGCAUUAUUCCUAAUGAAAUGUAUACACUGGGCAAAGUUUGGCUGACUUUACUCUCUGGUUUGGCUGAAGAUUAGCAGUGAUGGCAGGCUGUAAAAGCACACAGAUGAUCCACUCCGCUGUGUGACUGAGCCCUGUUUUGAAAUGUAAACUGUCUUCUCUCAGUCCCCCUUUGUAACUGUCAUUAAUAUGCUUCUCACCAUUCUCUCUAAUGCUAUAGAGAACAAGGCAUAAAAGCCAGGUGUAAAUUCACCAACAAUGCACCAAAGAUUUGAUCAUCCAAACUGCCAGCACAAUCUCGUAUUUUCAAAGAUUGGCAGUAUAAUUAAAAUUUACAAGAAUAUGUAAUCUAUUGUCUGAUGGCUAACAUUCUCAUCUUUUCAUUUAUUUUGUUCAUUUUUGUUUAAGAAUGCUGUCAUGAAAAUAACCCAGGUGCAUUAAUCAUCAAGGUUUGUGUCCAAAUCCAUGGUGUUACUUUAGGGGAACUGUUAACUGUAGUUCUUCAGCCUGGUCCACAUAUAUAUGGUAUGAUGCUUGCCAUUGUGUGGGACAGUUGUUACGGGAGUUCUAAUCUGCAAGUGAAUGCUUCAGUUGUGCUGAAAUAAUUAAUCAAAUAAGUAAUAGAAGAAGAAAUCCUUUUUUUGUAAUGUGAAAAUGAAUUGAUGAGAGAUAAUUUCAUUUCAUUUCAGUCAUUUAAAAAGGUCUGAUAACUGUGAUGGCAUUUGUCAUUAUUUUUAUAAGAAAAAUGGCCAAUAUUCUCCACUUUCCUUCUUGGGGAAAAAAAUUGUCAUGAAGACCAAAAAUCAACAAUGAAUUUAUCCAGCUGUCACAGUUGUCCAUGUUAUCUGGGUUGCCAAAGCAUGAACAUGGCCACCGUAGUGGUUGGAUUUGGUCUUUUAAUGGGAUUUGCUGACAAAAAUGAGAAAUAUAAAAUAACAACAGUAAUCCUUAAUUCUUUAAAGCAAAAUGAAUGGAUCAAUCAGUGAGGAAAAUCCUGACAAUUUGCAGCCCUCAUUAUGCACACUUGAACAGUGUACUAUUGAAGGAUAGAUCAUUGCAUACUUAUUUAUAACCUUACCACUUUCAUAGUUACGACUUCAUCAAGUUUUGCAAAGGUGCAAAGGAAUUCAUCAGAAUUAUCCAGCUAAAGAUAAAGAUUCAUUAUUUCCUUUGAGGCUUCCUGCUCAAUUAUGAUGUGCUAUCCCACAUAACUGAAAAUAUACUGGAGCAAACCCCUGAAUACUGACUCUCAACAGUUGAGUUCACUGAAAAGUCAAAAUAAAAAAAAAAAA